AUGUCCUCUCGGUGUCGGGAAUGUAAACGCGCGUUACACAGUGUAAUAGUAAUAUCUCUUCAACUUACCCCCACAUUUAUCUUUGUGCAAAUGGGUGGAGGAGGACAAUAUCCUUAUCCCAAACACGUUUGGACCCCGUCUGGUGGAUGGUGGACCCGUCCUCACAAUUGGGUUGCCAAUACUGCUAUUGCUACGGCCGGUAUCGCUGCUCUUACCUAUGGAGUAUGGCAACACAGUGCUAAAGUUGAGCAACGACAUGCUGAACCUGUCAAGUGGAUACCUUCAAUGUUGUGGGCCCGAGAAUUCAAAGAAGGGAAACUGGGUAUUAAAGACCAGAACGCUUGA